UACAGAAUGCAUCCCAGUAUAGAAAACAAAGACGUAGUCCCACGUCAAAAGCGAAGCACUAUCGAUAUUGAAACUCCUAGAGACUGGGCGCUAUUCAUUAGUCAGGUACGACGUAAAAUCCCCAUAAAUGUAGUUGAACUAGACCAAACAAAAUUUUUGGCGUUGGAAAACCUCAACAUACGAUUCAACCGUCCUAAAUAUAAUAUGGACGGUCAGGUCAUAAAAUUGCGGGACAUUAUAUGGUUUGAAUACCGAACAACUGCACCAGGGCGCGUGUUUUAUAAACAGAAUGUUGAGGAUGACUACUCAGAACCUUAUUAUUUAACUCCACUCAACUUGGAGCCAAUACCUUUAUCGCAGGAGAAGCUGGAGGACCUGCAAAACCUCCUCCCAUUUGUAAGCAACAAGCAAUAUUAUGAGGUGAUGCUUAAAAAUUUAGUGGUUAAAAAGCGUGGACGAAAAAAGUUAAGUAAAUGCGACGAUCAUUUCGAAGAUGAUAUGGACAGGCUUGAGGAAGAAUAUGUAAAACGAAUAUAUCCGUGUACUUACGUAAAAACCUCAUAAUAAAUAUCAAUAAAAAUAAUUAAUACGGAUAUUCGAUAGCAAAAUUGUAGGGUAGUUUGGGGUAAUUUGGACCCCUGGGGUGAAAUGGACAGGUGCUUUAUCUUGGAAAGUAUCUCAUUUUUGGGUUCCAUGUACUACUACAUCCUUUCCUUGAACUACUAAACCCUAACUAAUAUAAAAAUUUCAUGGUUUGCUGUGACCGGUGCACCGCAGUGCCAAUGUAAACAAAGGAAACAUCAAAAGUCAAUUUUGCUGUAAGUUUUACGCUCGUGUAUUUAAGGUUUUUUGAGAACUUCUUCGAUGUUUUCAGUCUAAUGAGCUUUGCAGCCGUGUUUGUCUAGUAAAAGAGUACAUUUUAAUGAAAGAUUGCGAUAAGUUUGAUCGAAAAUUGUGGAAGGAAUUGUGUUUUUAGGAAGGCGUCCUGUUUGGGGUAAAAUAGACAGUUUUUUUGGGGUGAUAUGGUCAGGCGAGUUAGAAGUAAAACGAACGGAUAGACGGCGGUUUACAAACAAUAAUGAACUGUAAAAAGUGUUGCAGGCAAUCUGGGAUGAUUUAUCUGUUUUUAAUGCCCCGCAGAGUGGCGGGUUUCUGAACAAAAGUUGGGAAAACCUAAUUUUUUUUUCUAAAAUGCUUGAAAAUGACGUAUAAUGCCAACUUUUGCGUGCUGAAGUCAUUUCUGAUGUCCGAAAAUGUUGUUUCCCGAAAAUGCCGUUAUUAUUAUCAGAUUUACUUUUUUGUUCAGAUCAUGUUCAACAUUGGUAUACUUGUUCUUUAUCGAAAAACUAUAUACCCGUAUUUUUUGUUUGGUCCUUAGUGUGAACCAUUUUGAAUUAAAGUUGCCAAAAAUCGGCAAUCAUUUUUCAAAAAAUUGUAACUUUUGAGCCGUUUGACCGAUUAAAAGAUUUAAUGGAAAAUUUAAGGAAUUUGAUAGGCCUUUCAAGGAAAAAUAAGAAAUCGUACGUCAACGUACAUUCGUUAUAUAUUUUUCCGUUUCGCCAAUUUGGGAUUAACGGAUUUGGAGCGACGAUAUGCAAACCGGGACCCAAAAAUUUGAGAAAUACGGUUAAUUUCAUAUAGGCUGUUGAUUACCCGAUCAUUCCGAACUGUUUUAACGAGACUGUACGGUACACAAGAGUUCUGAAAAAUAACAUAAAUUUCCCCUCAACACGAAACUCGUUGAUCCAAAAUCAGAUCAGAAUUGAGGGAAUUAGGUAAUCGAAGUUAAGCCUAAAAUUGUGAUUUUCGAACAUAAAAAUCAUUGAAAUUUCCUGACACAGCAACAUUCAAAGUGCUGCCAAAAAUUGGUAUAUCAUCUGAUUCUCAUGAAACUUACAUCACCCAUACACUGACACACACACGCACACAGUCACACACUCACGCGCACACACGCACACGCACACAAACACACUCUCACACACACACACGCGCGCAUAAACAUGCACACACACAAACGCGCGUGUGCGACAUACGAUCGCAUACUCAGUUUCUAGUAUAAAUAACUGAAGAAGGGGAAUUUUUUUGGCCUACUGUGGAACCACUGUGCAAUGCCUAAGAAUUGCAGUUAUCAUUCCGUAUGCCUGAUACCACCUUCUACUGUGUAUUAAGCAACUAUUGAUACUAUAAAACUCACAUUUUUUACCCUGUCCACAUCACCCCAAACACUGUCCAUAUUACCCCAAUAGCUGUCCAUUUUCACCCCAACCGAUUUUUUAUGUCCGAAAAUCAUAAUUUUUAGUUCCGUUAUUUUUUUUGUUCUUUUGACCUCAAUAUCAAGGUUUUUUCGUGCAGAAACAUAGAAAACAGAUCAAUAUUACUAUAUUACAUUACGUUAUGGGAUAGAAAAAACAGGUUACGAAAUAACAGGAGUUUUCCUUAGGGGGUCCAAAUUACCCCAAACUACCCUACACUGUUGCACUUACUCGAGAAAAACUUCAUUGGUGUGCCUGGAAUGUAAUUUCAAAGCGAGGGUUUUUACUCAUUUUGCUGAAUGUUAAU